GCUGCCGCCAUUUCCAAAAGCCACCAAAUUUUACCGCUUUUUUGCCCUCAAAUUCAAGUAUCAUCUCUGAAAAAUACAUCGCCAAAAUCAUAACGGAACGCUAAAACAGCAAUGUCUUUCAAGAACCGAACUCUGACGACUCCUCUGCCGCAACCGCAGGAUUUCAAACUACGCGUUUGUACUUGCCUUAACAGACUCGCCGACCGCGACACUCUCGCCGUAGCUUCCGCGGAGCUCGAGUCCAUCGCUCGGAACCUAACCGUUGAUUCCAUCGCUCCCUUUCUUAACUGCCUCCACAACACCGAUUCUUCGUCCAAGUCUCCGGUUCGGAGACAAUGUGUUAGCCUUCUGGCGUUGUUAUCUCGUUCGCACGGUAACGCACUGUCUCCUCACUUCUCUAAGAUGGUUUCCACGCUUUCCCGCCGCCUCCGAGACCCCGACUCCUCCGUCCGGUCCACCUGUGUUGAGGCGAGUGCCGCCAUGUCGUCUCACAUCACGAAACCUCCGUUUUCGGUUUUGUCGAAGCCGUUGAUCGAAAUGCUGGUUGUGGAGCAAGACGCCAACUCGCAGGUCGGAGCCGCCAUGUGUUUGGCGGCGGCAAUAGAGGCGGCGCCGGAUCCUGAGACAGAGCAGCUUAGGAAUGUGUUGCCGAAGUUGGGGAAGUUAGUGAGGAACGAAAGUUUCAAGGCAAAAGCAGCGGUGUUUGGAGUUAUAGGAAGCGUCGCUAGUGUUGGCGGUGCCGGUAGUAAAGGUAUUUUGGAUUGGUUAGUGCCUUGUGGAGUGGAAGCUUUGAGCAGCGAAGAUUGGGCAACGAGAAAGGCGUCAGCGGAGGCGUUAGGGAAACUAGUGAGGGCGGAGAAAGAGUUGACAAUGGAGUUUAAAUCGGCAUGUGUGGCGGCCCUCGAAAAUCGGAGGUUUGAUAAGGUAAAGAUCGUCCGGGAAACAAUGAAUCGUAGUUUGGAUUUAUGGAAGGAAGUUUCUGGAGUUUCUGAGGACGGCUCAAUUCCUUCUCAGUCUGAAUCAUCCUCAUUUGAUAAUGUUAGCUUUGGAUGCUUUCCUUCAGUUGCAAAAAGUGUAGAUGGUGCUGGUUUUAGAACUCCCCAAUCAAAGAAAGUAGUCCCCAUUAGCAGGUCGCCUCCAUCUGAUUCUUCAACUGAUUCCACUGCCAAAAAAGAGACUCCCGCAAGGAGUAAUAAUAGGAAUGUUAAUGCAUCGACUUUCUGUCGGUUGGAUCGCACAAAACCCUCUUAUUUGAAGACUGAAAUUGUUGAACCCAGGAAGUCUCUGUUUUUCGAGGCCUAUGAUAAUAUCAAAAACAGUGACUUUGGAGUCCUGGAAACUAAACGCCUACUCUUUGCUAGUGAAAAUGAUGAGGAAUGUGGAGGUUUGAAAUCUGGUUCCCGGGUGGUUCCUUUUCAUGUUGAUAAGAAAAAUGCAGCUGCAGAAGUUGGUGAGAACCCCAAAAAGGUUGAGGGUCUGAUUUUGAUACGUGAACGGCUUGCUCAGAUUGAAGACCAGCAGUCCAAUCUAUUAAACCUCCUCCAGAAAUUCAUUGGGAGCUCCCAAAGUGGGAUCAAUUCACUAGAGACACGUGUGAAUAGCCUGGAGAUGGCUCUGGAUGAAAUGUCAUAUGACUUGGCUGUUUCAAGUGGAAGGAUUCCAAACAUGGAUUCUGCAGAUAACACGUGCUGCAAGCUGCCUGGCACAGAAUUUUUAAGUCCCAAGUUCUGGAGGAAAACUGAAGGUUGGUUUUCAACUUCAAGGUUAUCUUCCUCGGGCCGCAUGGUUUAUAAAGAUUCUGGUGCUGAAACAUAUAAGCCAGCAGAAGCGGUCAGCCAAAGACACCAGCAUCAAGAUUGUGGUGGAUUUAUAAUGAAUCCAGCAGCGGAUGGUUGUGGUGGCAUGACCGAGAAUUCAGGGUUCUUCUCAAAUAGAUUAUCAAAUGAUACCAUUCGAAGUGAUGAAAGGGUUCGGGUUGGCAAUUCUAGUGGUGCUGAUGGGACGACCUUGAUUCGUUGCCCUGCACCAAUAAACCUUAGAAGCAGGUAAUGUAAUGUAAUUCCAUAGUGAAUUGUCUUGUAUGUAAUUU